AUGAGCUCAGAAAUACGACUACGACAUCCAAAAGUCCGCCAUGCAGACUCGGACAGUGCCGUUGCAGAGGUCGGACGGCAGUCUCGCCAUGAGAGCGAGGUCGAGGGCUUGAAGGACGAGUUGGCAGAGAAGGUAGAAACUUGGAGAGAGAGGGUCCAGAAGGAGCGCCGCCGCUUCUACGCGACGCGGCGAUUCUUGUUUCCCUUGGGCAUUCUCCUUGGGAUUCUCCUCGGUUUUAUUCUGAUCCAGCCUGCGGACCUGACCGACUUCCAAACACACCUCGCGCUGCUGCUCGACGAAUUCGAACUGGACUUCAGUCUGCCGCAGUUCCCACAGCUGGACUGGUCAUUAGUAGAGAACGAAUGGCGAAGACUCCGCAGCAGUAUCCCUGAACCCUGGAAGCUGAACACCAAUGGCCUGGAAUUCACCAUCGGGGAGGCCAUCGCUGAACGCGGUUUGAGUGCGAAGCAUCCCGUAAUUCUUAUACCUGGUAUCAUUUCGACAGGUCUGGAGUCAUGGUCGACUUCACCCGAAUACCGCCCAUUCUUCCGACAGAAGGUGUGGGGCGGCUUCUCAAUGAUCACACAAGUCACCUUCAACCGCGAGAAAUGGAUGAACGCACUUCUUCUUGAUCCUGUAACAGGUCUCGAUCCGCCAGGCGCGAAAGUCAGGGCCGCUGAGGGCAUCGACGCGGCGAGUUCGUUUAUCCAGGGUUAUUGGUUAUGGUCCAAGAUCGUAGAAAACCUCGCCGUAGUCAACUACGACACGAACAACCUGCUCCUGGCUCCUUACGAUUGGCGUCUCUCGUUCUACAACCUCGAGGUUCGAGAUGCAUACUUCUCAAGACUGAAAGCUACUAUUGAAGGAUUCAGGAGACGUGAGAAUCAACGCGCCGUGCUGGUUGCGCACUCCAUGGGUAGUACAGUAGUACUGUCUGGUCGAUCCUGCACCAUACAAACCACGUGCUUCAGCUUCAAAUGGGUUGAGUCACCUGUUGGUGGAAAUGGCGGAGAGGAUUGGGUUGAGAACAACAUCGAAGCCGUGAUCAGCAUAGCAGGGACACAUCUAGGUGUCACCAAGGCCUUGGCCGCCUUCCUCUCUGGAGAAAUGAAGGAUACAGUGCAAAUGAAUCCCGCGGGAGCUUACGUCCUGGAACGGUUCUUCUCUCGCAAGGAACGGCGCAAGCUGUUCCAUAGCUGGUCUGGUAGUGCAAGCAUGUGGAUCAAGGGAGGCGACGCCGUCUGGGGAAACAACACAUGGGCCCCAGAUGACAUAGACGAGAGGGACCACACGCACGGCGAGCUCAUUGCCUUCCGCGACUCUGUCAUCCAGGCUUAUGGCGAGGGGAUGCUCACGAACAUGACCGCGGACAGCGCUAGCUCGUGGAUCCUUGAGCAUACACCGGCCCAGUUUCAGAAAAUGAUUGCCACCAACUAUUCGUAUGGCAUCGAGCGGGACGAGGAAAAGUUGAAGGCAAACAAUCUGGAUUAUCGCACGUGGACAAAUCCGCUGGAAGUGCAGCUUCCCAAUGCACCGACGACGAAAAUCUUCUGCGUAUAUGGGCAUGGAAAGGAAACAGAGCGCUCCUACUGGUACACGCGUGGCGAAUACGAGUACGACGACGUGCAGGCCGACCAGCCGAGUGCUGUCUGUGACAACUCAGCAGACUGUCUGACGCCUCGUACACCGCUCGACCUGCCGCUUUUCCGGAAGAGCUGGAUCGACGCCGAGUAUACGGACUUGAGCAUGACGCCUAAGAUCCGGAACGGUGUGAAGAUGGGUGAGGGCGACGGAACGGUCAGUUUGCUGAGUCUCGGUGCGAUGUGUGUCGAGGGCUGGAAGAGGAAGAGAUGGAAUCCGGCGGGGAUGAAGGUGGUGACCGUCGAGCUGCCGCACAAGCCUGUGUCGACUAUUCCCCGCGGAGGCGGCACGUCUUCGGACCAUGUCGACAUCCUGGGCAACAUUGAUCUGAACGAGAUUAUCUUGAAGGUUGCCACGGGUGUACAACAUGAAGUUCAAGAUAAUUUUGUAUCGAACAUUAGAGAGUACGCGCAGCGCGUCCAGUGGGACUGA